AUGAUGAUCGUCGCCACCGACUGCUUUACUAAAUGGAUUGAGGCCGAAGCUCUAUCAUCUACUAAAGAAGCCGAUUUCAUUGGCAAGCAGAUCACCGCCUUCUUUGCGAAAUACAAGAUCAAGCAACACCUGUCCACUUCAAGGUAUCCACAAGGAAAUAGGCAGGCCGAGGCAUCCAACAAAGUCAUAUUAGACUGCUUGAAGAAAAGGCUAGAAGGCGCCGAAGGGAAAUGGGUGGACGAACUCCCCGGAGUACUAUGGGCUUAUCGCACCACCAAACGAAGGUCGACUGGCGAAACCCCAUUUUCCCUUGCUUAUGGAACUGAAGCGAUCAUUCCUCCUCACGUCACUGUCCCCUCUAUAGGCAUUGAAGUCGGCAGUAUAGAGCAGAACUCCGAGCAGAUGAGACUCAACCUUGACUUACUUGAAGGCGAGCGCGAGAAAGCCAUUGUCCGAGUCGCCUCCUAUCAACAGCGGUUGAAGUCCUACUACGACAAAAGAGCCAAGAUAAGACAGUUUCAACCUGGCGACCUUGUGCUAAGAAAGGCCUUCAUCACUGCACAAAGACAAGGGUCUAAGAAAAUAAAACCCAAUUGGGAAGGCCCUUAUGUGAUCAGCUGGUCCGGGGGCAGAGGAAGCUACACGUUGGACACCAUGGAUGGGAAGGAAAUACCAUGUCAAUGGAAUGCCUACCAUCUCCGAAAUUUCUCAUUCCAAAAUGUCUCAUCUACCCACAAAACACAACUGUUGUCCAUAAGCAGCGUCCUUCGGGAGACACAGGGCAACGACCAGAAGCGUCCUUCGGGAGACGCAGCCCAUAAAAAGUGUCCUAAGGGAGACGCAGGGUGCGCCAGGAAUUUCCUAAGGGAGGAGCAUCCUAAGGGAGACGCAGGGCGACGACUAAAAGCGUCCGUUUGGAGGCGCAGCACACUAAAAAAGCGUCCUACGGGAGACGCAGGGUGCGCCAGGAAUUUCUUAAAAGGACCCCAUACCUCCUGCGGGAAGUAUCCAGAUUCCUAUCCGUUUCCUAAGGGAGGCAGGAUAGUCAUACAAUUGCCCAUAAGGAGUGUCCUAAGGGAGACGCAGGGCGACGACUAA